AGUUGUCAUAAAAAAAAAAAAAAAGAGCUUCAAAAUUUGCGGCACGUCCAAUUUGUUAAAUCUCCAAAAAUUUAACUAUUUAAGUGGGCAGCUGAGCACAGGAACUGUGUUUCCUUGGUGUCCAUGCAGAUCCGGGAGCUUGUGCAACUAAAAUAUUUUCCUUCAGUUCUUAGAAACCAGAGAGUUGACAAGGUAACAACUCCUCCAUACUAGGUCUGUGGAGUGUAAACUUAGACACCAUGUGGAAACAGAAACAGAGGAGUCUUAUGGAUUCUUCUGCUCCUCUGAUUAUACUGCUAAUGUUGCUAAUGCUGUUGCAACUUCUGGCUGUAAUGGCAAUAGCCAGAGUGGAGAAUUUUACAAGAUCAGACUUCCCAGUUGACUUUAUCUUUGGUGCCGGCAGUUCAGCAUUUCAAGUAGAGGGGGCUGCCCGUGAAGAUGGAAGGACGCCUAGCAUUUGGGAUACCUUCGUUUAUGCCAAUAAGGGGCUUUCUCAUGGAGCCUCCGGAGACAUAGCUUGUGAUCAGUAUCACAAAUACAAGGUAAACAUUUCAGUCAUGUUUUAGGCUUUCUGGCCUAGUGGUGGCAUUGGAACUUCAAUAGCAAAUCUAACUUCAUCUAAUGGUGUUCCUAAAUAGCUCUGCUGACAAUUAGUGGAAAUUAUCUCCUAAAAUGAAUUAUGUGAGGUGGAGAUUGAAAAUAUUCUAUUGCUGAGAGACACAUGGGUGAAUUGUGCAGGUGUACAUGUUUAUAGUUAGUAUCUUUACUUGUUUUCUUAGUAUCGACUUCCUUUGUUGUGUUAGUUUCUACAUUGUCCUGAGCAGUUGGAAAGACCAAUGGCUGUGGCAUCUGAUCCCCCAAAUAUGAGACUUAGUUGAUGAUUAGAUGUUUGUUAGCCUGCCCAUCUUUUGAUUUUUUAUAGUAGUGGAAAGUAAUUGGUCUUCUAUGAAAUCCGUUUUUCUAAUGGU